UCUUUAUCAUCUAAUUUAUCAAAAGAUGUUAGUACACUACUGCCAGUGAUCAGCAUGCCACAGAUGUCUGAAUUCAAUACUGUUGAUGAAACAAACUGUAGUGAGGAACAUUUUUAUGACAGGAGUAGGAAAGCAAACCAAGGCUCUUGGAACAAACAAUUCCUGGAAUUGGGCUUACCUUCAUUCCGUUCAAGUUACUUGUUUCUGCUGCGUGUCUUAUUGGAUGUUGUGUAUGAGUGCAUGCGACUUCGUCUGGAUCAACGACCCAUGGGCGAGCCUUCUGCUCUCAGUGUUAGACAGUUGAUUCGUGAGUGCAAAGAUGUCUUGAAAGGAGCUGUCCAAAUGAAGAAGUACUACUUGAGUAUGGUUUCUACUACAGUCUGGGACAGUGACCCUUCCAAGAUUGAAGAUGUCAUGGACUUAGAAAAAUAUGAUGACCAUAUGAAGAGGGUUCUAGAGGUUUAUUUCAACUACCUACAAAAUUGGAUGAAUAAUCUGCAAAAUUUACCUGAUGCAUCUCAGAGUUUGAAGAAUACUUUAGAAGAAGAAUGGGCAUUUACAAAGUCAAUCUGCCCUUUCGUCAUUGGUGGAGAAGCAGAAGCAGGAAAACGUUUCAGUGCUCUUGCUAGUGGACUACUUAGCUCCAUAGCUGACUUCUUGGAGAAUGGAGUUGAUGAGUUUUACACUAAAGGUAAUGAGAGUGAGGAAGAGACUGUUUGCAAAGAGAAUGGUCAUGACAAAGAAGGGGAAAGAGAUAUGAAAGAAGUCAAAACUACAAGUAGUCAUGCAAUAAAUAAUGCUGAAUUGGAGACAAAUCCUGACGAUACUGCUCUUGAUAAAUCUACUGAUGAUGAAGCCUACCACAAGGACAAAGUAUUAAAAUUAAGACAUCGUAUUCAGCAAACAUUUCGUGACUCCAAAAAUCUUUUCCGUGAAGGACGUGAACGAACUUCAAAAGCUUUAGGCUUUGCCAAAAUGUUGAGAAAUGACCUUGAAUUAGCUGCUUCAUACAAAAUGAAUGUUUCCAAAGUAGAGAUUAUAUCAAAAUUGGAAGAAAUGAAGCAUGUAUUGGUGAGUGUUCCUCUCAGUUUAAGCUACCUGAUAUUUAUUCCAGAAAGAAUUCUGAAGAACCAGAAGCUAAUUUUACAACUUCUGAAUGUAACAUGUGGUAAAGAGGAUUGUUAUUCACAUACUGAUCCUACACAUGAUCAAGAUAUCAACAGAGGCUACUUGUUAAUGCUGCAAUGUGAUAAUGAUGUGAACAAACAGUCGUGGAAAGGAUCCACAGUACAUGUAGAUGCUACUGCACAAACAGCAAUUGCUUUGUCUCAUAUUGCUGUAGACAGUCUUAUGUUGGUUGUGACUCAUUCAUCUGUACUGUAUGCAAUACAAGAAGAAUUUUCUAAGCUGAUGGAUACAACUGUUGAAGUGUUUCAGGAGCAAAUUUCCUGUCAUCAAGCCAUCUCUGAAUCUCUAGCUGAACUUAAGGCUACAGCUAUGCACCUAAGACAGAACAUAUCCUCGACUCUAUUGCAACUGAAAGAGAAGUUGUAUUUUGUUGAGAUUAAUAAAAUGGAUACCAAAGAAAGAAAUCAUUUACUUGGCCUUUAUUGUGUAACAAUUAUUAAAGGCUAUAAUUUUGGAUUUGAGUAUCAUCGAGAACUACAACGUCUUGUAUCAGAUGAACAGAAAAUUGAACUUGGGAAAUGUAUGAUUAGUUUUGCAAGGGAAUGGAUGAAUUUCAUCUCUGAGAAAUGGGAAAAGGGCCGAGGGCGAAGGCCAACAUGGGCAAAUCAAGGCUUGGAAUUUCUUGUCUCUGUUUGUGACCCUAAAAUAAUGGAAUUACUUCCAGAAAGUGAAAUUUCAGUUUUUAUAUCUGAAAUCAAAAGUUGUUUGGAUCAUAUAGUUGGACGAAGCAGUACAGUAAGAAGUCCCACUUCUGGUUCAGCUACAAGUCCUGAUGUUUAUGGUUAUACUAGAUUUCCAUCAGUUGAAGAAUCUCGUCCAUCAGCUGGUUCUUCUGAUUCAUUGUCAACAUUAGCUGCAAAAGACAGGCAUAGCAGAAGUGCCCAUAUUCUGCAGUCUAUCAACAAUCUUGAAAACAAGCGGAAUAAAAAGUUACAGAAAUCACAUAUUAUUGGGUAUAUCACAAACAAAACUUCAGAUUUGGAUUUGCGUAUUCGAGUGAGGCGAGUGAAUUUCAGAUGGCAGAGAGGCAUUAAGAUAGGAGAAGGUACUUUUGGCAAGGUAUACACUGCUGUAAAUGUGGACACUGGAGAGUUAAUGGCAAUGAAAGAGAUGAAGCUAAAACCAACAAAUAAAAUGAGAAAUCCUUUGAAAGAACUUGUUGAGGAAAUGAACAACCUAGAAGGAAUUAGUCAUCCAAACCUAGUCAAAUAUUAUGGUGCAGAGGUUCAAAAGGAUGAAAUGAUUAUAUUCAUGGAAUAUUGUGAUCGAGGAACAAUUAAGGAAGCUUCAAAGCUUGGAUUACCUGAAAGCAUAAUUCGUUUGUAUACAAGAGAAAUUUUAAAAGCACUAUGUCACCUACAUGAAAAUGGUAUCAUUCAUCGAGAUCUGAAAGGGGCCAAUGUAUUUCUUACAUCAGAUGGUGCUGUAAAGCUUGGAGACUUUGGUUGUUCUGUCAAGUUAAAAAGUCAUUCAACAAUCCCUGGCGAAAUUAGUGAUUUAGUUGGAACAACUGCUUACAUGGCUCCUGAAGUUUUUACACGGAAUGAUAGUGAAGGACAUGGAAGAGCUGCUGAUAUUUGGAGUUUGGGAUGUGUAGUGUAUGAAAUGUCUACAGGCAAACAACCUUGGUAUGACCAACACCCAUAUCAAAUAAUGUUUUUAGUUGGUCUAGGAAAUGUACCACCAAUUCCAGAAAACUUAAGUCGAGAAGGGAAAGAGUUCUUAAAACACUGCUUUGAGAUGGAACCUAGUCGACGCCCUUGUACCAUUGACCUACUAAACCAUCCUUUUCCAAAGGUUUCUGAUGAAGACAUGAACCUCUGAGCGCAUUACUACUAAAACCUUUUUGAGAGACAGUGGAUAUGAGAAAAAGUAACAGAUCCUUGAUAAUAAUUUUUAUGAUUGAUAGGAAAGACAAAUGAAAAUUGGGAGAGAAUCAUGUUUUUGUAAUGUCCAUUUAGUGACAUCUAAAUUAAAACUUGUUCCAAUUA